CUGUCGCUUCCCAUUCACUCUCCACCUGUAGCCACAGCAACACGUGCACGCGCCUGCCUAGGUUACUCCCCAGCUUUUAGCUGACCAAUGGCCUCCCAUCGCUUUCGGAGUAGAGUCCAAACGCCACAACUGGGGCACAGACCUCACACGCACGGGCCCUUGCCACCCUCACCGCUCCCUCCCUCUCUCCGUGGCCAUGUUGGCCACCUUUCCCUGGAAACCUUGCCUUUGUUCUGCCUCAGGGUCUUCACGCCUUUGUUCCCUCAGCCCAAAACGCUCUCCUUCACUCAGCCCUGCUCAGGCCUACCUCUCCCUCCGGUCUCGACCUAAGGGUCCUUCCUCGGGAACCCCUAUUAAUCCUCUCUUGCGGCCCGCACCUCUCUGCCCCGCGCGCGUCACAGGUGUGAGAGGUGGCGCGCGCCGCGCAAUCCCCGGAAUCUCGCGAGGAGCUUCGAGGACGGGAAACCAGGGUCUGCCGGGCGCUGUGCCGUAGCCCAAUGGCCCCCACGGCGCGUGGCCGGAUCAGCAUUUGAUGACACUACCGACAAAUGCUUGAGUAGAUAGAUCGGUGGUCUCGGCUUCAGUAAGCGGUGAGAAUAUAGAGGGAGGGGCUUAGCUGGGCCGCAGGGUGAGGGCACGUGGGGAGAGGAGCAAACUCAGUUUGGGGAGGGAAGCAGCCCCCUCGGCAGCAUAUCCGUUCCACGGAGAAGGGAUUUUCUGUUUUUCCCUGCUUUAGUUCACCUCAGCGCAAACUAUUUAACAGCUGUGAUGGCACAGAGGCUCUAACGAUCGAACACACACCAGCUGCACGUGGUACUGGUGCCCAUCGCUGUGUGUCACUGUUGCUCAUAGCUGAAGAGGACGCUAGGCACCUAGUAGUUGCAUCAUACAUAAUAGUACUGUGAAUGAAUAAAUGAAUGAACAAACGAACGAACGAACGCAGAUGGAGCCUAGUGAGAUGAGUGCAGGGAACUGCCCAUGGUCAGUCUUCCUCAGACCAGGUAACGCCUAGGCAGGGAGAGCGCCCCUUGCGUGCUCAGCCUGGACUGUAGCUCAUGAAGACAGCACACGGUGAGGCCUGCAACCCCAGGCUUCUAGGAGCUGUGUGGAGGGGCUGAGGGUGGACACCAGAGCACAUCAAGGUGCCUGCUGGGAGAUACUCCAGGCCUUAACCACCACGGGAGGAAGAGUGAAGGCCAUCUGCAAGGGCAAGGCCCCCUGAGCUGUUCCAGACCCCGCUUCCCCACUCCAGGCUGAAUCUCUGAUGAUCACAAGAGUGAGUGGAGAAUGCGCUUCCUGCUCGGUCAGAGUCCAGCCUCUCAGGUGCAAGAACCAGCCAAUGAGGUGGCCAUCCAGGGAGGGCCUGGUCCCUGGUGGUGGAGCAGGCCCUGGGCAGUCUCUCCUGGAUGCCAGGCAGAGGCUGAGAGCAGAGGCCACUCCGAGACUGCUCUGGACAUUCAAGGCCGUUGUGGUAACAGGGUGGCCCAGAAGGUGUGCAGGGACACUUAGCUCUCUCUCUCUCAUGGACUUUGAGAUUCAGGCUCAGCAGUCUUCCAUGGCUCCUUAUCACAUCCGCAAAUACCGGGAGAACGACCGCACACGGGUCCUGGACUUGUUCUCCCAGGGAAUGAAUGAGCACAUCCCCACCACCUUCUGCCACAUCCUGAAGCUGCCCCGAACCCUGGUGCUCUUGCUUGGGGUGCCCUUCACCCUCUUCCUGCUCUCUGGCUCCUGGGUCCUGGCCCUUGUAGCCAGCCUCAUCCUCCUCGCUGCCCUGAGAUUCCUCUCCAGAUACCCCUGGACCAAGUUUAUAGUCAUGUCUUUGUGCACAGAUAUGUCUGACAUCACCAAGACCUACUUGGGUAAGCCUGGCUCCUGCUUCUGGGUGGUUGAAGCUGAGGGGCAGGUGGUGGGCAUGAUGGGCGUUCUGCCUGCCACCCUGCAGAAGGAGAAGUUGCAGCUGCUUCACCUGUGUGUGGCCCCAGAGCACCGAGGCCAGGGGAUAGCGAAGGCCCUGGUCAGGACUGCCCUCCAGUUCGCACGGGACCAGGGGUACAGCCAAGUCAUCCUUAUCACCUCCAUGCUGCAGCACUCGGCCUGGGCCCUCUACCAGCACAUGGGCUUCCAGAAAACGCACCAAUUCUUCUCCUCCAUAAGCUGGAGGCUAGUUGCUAUUCCUACAGUUGGCUUUGUCUACCACCUCCCCUCUGCUGGGGCCUCUGAGGCACAGGGUCUGGAAGUGGGCCCGUGAUCUGGUUCCUUGUGGCUCAGCCCGGAGAGGGCCAGCUCUGCUGAGGUAGCAAGCAAACCCCAGAGUCUCAAUGUGACAGCACAGUGAAAGCUUACUGCUUGGUCACGUGGGAACCCAGUGGAGUUGGUGGUGGGUGGCCCCCUCAUUCAGUCUUUUGGGGUUGCUGCUGUUUCAUUUACCUAGUGCCAUGAGAUGUUGCAUUAAAACAAACUAAUGAAAUAAACUAACGCCAACGAAUAUUUCUUUAUUUCAUGCGUCUGUGGUCAGCAAUUUAGGCUGGACUUG